ACCAACGUAAUUAACCUUUAUUUGAAUUUGAUGACUUUGCAAAUUAAAUGCAAAUUAAAAAAAAAAAAAAAACAAAACAAACAUCAGCGGCCCAUGGGCCUAUUCUAUUAAGCGUCGUAUAAAAAGGUGGAAGAGGCCCAUUUGACAUUGUAUCAGAUUUCGUGAGAUGUUUCCGGUAACGAAAGGUUUAAUCAGAAACUUGUCCUUGUUCCAACUUCGUCUUCCUCCUCUCGUAGCAGCAAUGGCUCCUUCAAGCGUCGUUAGGGUUUACUCCACUGCUACCUCCCCUUCUCCUUCAGAGCUUUCCGUCAAGAAAGUUGGUACUCAUAAUGGAAGCUUUCACUGCGACGAAGCUCUCGGCUGCUUCAUGAUUCGCCUCGUCGAUAAAUUCUCCGGCGCCGAUAUCGUCCGUUCUCGUGAACCUAAGAUAUUGGCAGAACUUGAUGCAGUGCUUGAUGUUGGAGGUGUUUAUGAUCCGGAGCAUGACCGUUAUGAUCAUCACCAGAAAGGUUUUGAAGAAGUGUUUGGGCAUGGCUUCAACACUAAGCUCAGUAGUGCUGGUCUUGUUUACAAGCAUUUUGGUAAGGAGAUCAUAGCUAAGGAGCUUAAUGUUGAUCAAGACCACCCUGAUGUUCUUCGGUUGUUUUUAGCUGUCUACAAGAGCUUCAUGGAGGCAAUUGAUGCUGUGGACAACGGAAUAAAUCGGUAUGAUACAGACCAGCCUCCAAGAUAUGUGAACAACACACAUCUCUCCCCAAGGGUUGGGAGAUUAAAUCUGGAUUGGAUUGACCCUGACCAGUCACAAGAGAAGGAGAAUGAAGCUUUCCAGCGUGCAAUGGCUCUAGCUGGAAAAGAGUUCCUCGAAAGUGUCCAGUUUCAUGCAAGAUCAUGGUUACCGGCUCGAUCAAUUGUGAUUCAGUGCCUUGAAGAAAGAUUCAAGACAGACCCCAGUGGUGAGAUCAUGAUAUUGAAUAAAUUCUGCCCUUGGAAGCUUCAUUUGUUCGAGCUUGAGCAAGAAAUGAAGAUUGAGCCUCUCAUCAAAUACGUCAUCUACCAG